UUCUUUUUCCUCCCUCCAGGUAUUUAAGAGUUUUAGAAAUUUUAUCCGCUAAUAAAUAUUUGGGGCCAUUGGUAAUGAUGAUGGGAAAGAUGAUUAAGAAUAUGGCAUAUUUUGUUGUACUCUUACUUGUUGUUCUCAUGGCCUUUGGUGUAUGCCGUCAGAGUAUUCUUUUUCCAAAUGAAGAACCACACUGGAGAUUAGCACGACACAUAUUUUACCAGCCAUAUUUCAUGUUGUAUGGUGAAGUGUUUGCUGAUGAUAUUGACCCUCCCUGUGGUGGUGAAGGUGAAAUUCCAUGUCAUCCAGGCCGCUGGGUCACACCUACAGUCAUGUCCAUGUACUUAUUAGUUGCUAAUAUACUACUCAUCAACCUUCUUAUAGCUGUAUUUAAUAACAUAUUCACAUCAGUUAAUGCAAUCUCACAUCAAGUGUGGAUGUUCCAAAGAUUUCAGGUUGUGAUGGAAUUUGAAAGUAAACCCGUGUUCCCACCUCCUCUCAUCAUCUUUUCUCACAUACAUCGUAUAAUUAAAUAUGGAUGUAGGAGGUGGAAAGGAAAACCUUUCUUUUAUGAUAAUGGCUUGAAACUAUUCUUGGAUGUUGAAAGUCUAGAGCGGGUCCAUGACUUUGAGGAGGAAUGUAUGAAUGGAUUUAACAGAGAAAAGGAGCUCAAAGAACAGAUGAGCACUGAAGAACGUGUACGUGUGAUGGCUGAACGAACAGAGGGAAUAAUGCAAAAAAUAGAAGAUAUGCAAAACAAAUUUAUUGCUGCAAUGAGUUCCUUUAACAAUUUAGACUUUCAUGUGAAACGUCUGGAAGAAACGGUUGAGCAAACUAAAAAUAGCUAUGCAGUUGUUCAUAGAUUUAUGCUUAGUCACGUAGGAAGAAAAGGGAGUUCACGUUCAGGCUCUGCAACACCAAGAUCUGAUGGGGGUGAAACACCAAGAUCCCUUUCUCAAACAAGUCUUCAUCAACUGCUUGAAGAAACAGCGAGACAGAUGAGGAAAAGACCAGACAUAGAGCCUGAAACAAGUGAUAAAGAAAUGAGUGAUACCACUGAUGCAGAGCUUGAAGGUAGUAGCAGCCGCAAACCUCACAAACCUACCUCGAUUGAGUUGGAAAUGGAGAAAUCUUUCAAGUCCUCAAUGUCUCCACAUCAAAUGGAAGACUUUGAACUAGAGUCUGCCAUGGCAACUAAUCAUGCAAGGGCAACUAAAGGCAAGCCUCGUCCAUCAAAAACUAGGUUAGAUUCUGAAUCAGGAAGUUCACUUGGUCGUGCAUCAAGAGAACGCAAACUUUCUGGUGGAAGAAAGAGCAGUAUCCGUAAAUCCAGGAAAGGGUCAGAUGAAAACAAACCUUUCAGUCCAUCACGUGUUUGCUUCUUAGAGUCCCAGAUUGCUGGAGAUGACUCAGACUCUGGAGAUGCAGUUGAAAGACAGCUGGAACAAGAAGACAGUCAGUUAAGAUAUAGGAGAAGUAUGUCUGCACCCAGUGAACCAGUGCAUACUAACGGAAGCUAUGAAAGGAGCCAUUCAUCCGUUUCAAGUAGACCUAGAAUACAAGUCAUUCCACCAUCAUCACCACCCCCUAUUUUCACCUUCACUAGUGAGUACACAAGCCUUGCAGAUGAACUUGAAACUGUAUGCAUGGCAAGGUUGUCUCCACCCUGUUCACCAUUAGAUUUUAGUCGAAGAGGUGAACCACAAUUACGACGUCGUUUUUACUCUGAAUCUGCUGGCAUAUCCAUUACUAUUAGCUCUAAUCCACUUCGAGAUGCAGAAGAAGCUGACUACCAGCUCAUGGAAGGUUUGAUACAAAGAAGAAUGCAUAGGGACUCAGAAAACUUAGCAGUCUCAUUAGAAGAUCUAUGCUCUAUAAGAACUGAUUGUUCAGACACUGAAGAUGGAACAGUACAAACAACAGCAAGAGGCCGAAGAGGAUCUAGGGUUUCAGAAUUGAGAAAAAGACAUAGCACCACAAGCAUAGACAGAAACACUUCUGAAAGGCUUUCUGUACCCAGCUCAUUUCAGUAUAAUUCUCCUAAAGUGGUAUCUCCAACUAACCUCCACGUUUCCUUGAUAUGUGGUGAUGGAUCCCGUUUAGCUGCAUCACAACCAGGUACACCCAGUACCCGAAGAUAUUCGCUACAAAGAGAUAUACAUAAUCAGUGGUCUUCCUCGAGUGCAAUACCAGUAACUGGGGGAGGGCUAACACCAAGAACUUCACCCCGUCCAGGUUCCCCAGCAAGUGAUCAACAACAGUCCCAAAAUCCAAAUACAAGUACUGAAGUUCUAGAGAAAACAGAUUUCGCCACAAAUCCUCAAGAUUCUCAGUCACACAUGGCGACUCUUCAGGUGCCCAGUGUUGAAGAGUCAGAAGCUAGACCUCGAGACACCAUAACAGAAACUGAAUGUUAGGAGUAAUAAAGUAUUUACCAAUAUUAAACUAGUUUCAAAAUAUAUAUUAAAUUAGGGGAAAUUUUAAUAGGAAAAUUUUAUAUAUAACCGAUUCAUCAGCGAAAUAAAAUGCUGUAUAGAAAGUUUUAAAUAUGUAUAUAGUUUUAGAUGAAAUUACAACGAUCUUUUAUUGUUUUUAUUUAUUUAUUACUUGUGUUGAAAUUUCAUGACAAACGCAAUACAAAUUGGAACUGUAAAUAUUUUACACUGGUUAUAUUCUGUGCCAUAUUUGUUGUGUUUAAAAAACUGAAAUUGUUGAUGAA